AUGGCUGACGGCGCCGCCGCCGCGGCGGCGGCGGCGGACCCCGCCGUGGCGCCGUCCUCGCGCCGUCGCGUCUGCGACGGAUGCGAUCGCCCCGCGUCCGUGUGCCUGUGCGACGCGCUCCCGGCGUCGCCGCUUCCGACGCGAGGCGCGCUCGUGGUGCUGCAGCAUCCCACGGAGCACAAGCGUCCGAAGGGGACGGGGUGGAUCCUCCCUCGAUGCGUCGCGCGGUGCGUCGUGUCGCGCGGGCGACGGCCGUCGCCGUCGCUGCGGAGGAUGCUGGAGCGCGUUCUCCCGAAGCGCGCGCCGGUGUAUCUCCUGUAUCCGCUCGAUGAGGCGGCGGACGUGGACGCCGUCGAUCUCGUCGCGGACGGAGAAGGAUCGACUCAGAUCGAGGAGGAGGAGGAGGAGGAGGAGGAAGCGGACGACGGCGACGGCGACGCGACGACGCCUUCCACUUCGACGACGACGGAGGAAGACGAAGCGGUCGCGGACGCGCUGCGCGACGCCGCGUACGUCUGCGUCGUCAUCGACGCGACGUGGAAGCAGGCGAGGGAGAUGUUCCACGAGACGACGUCCCGGCUGCCGCGACGCGCGAAGGUCGUGAAGCUGGACGACGUCCGCGGCGGCGGCGGCGACGGCGGCGGCGGCGGCGGCGUCAUGAUCGAGCCGCAGGAAGGCUGCGUCGUCACCGCGGAGGCGACCGCGCGCGCGAUGGCGACGCUCGAACGCGCGGCGGCGGCGGCGGCGGGGGGCUCGGCGGAGGACGCCGCCGUACAGCUGUGCGUCGCCGUCGCGGCGGCGGACGCGACGAUACGCGCCGUCCGCGCGCAGGCUGCGUUCCAGGCGAAGUACGACCCCGCGAUGGCGCCCGGAGUGGUGAAACAUCUCGGCGGGAGACGACAGAGGGUCGCGAAGGCGCCGGCGCCGGCGGCCCCAAAAGGCGAAGCAGACGGAGACGAACGCCGCCGCCGCGACCCGACGUCGUCGGCGUCGUCGGCGGCGGCGGCGGCGGCGUGUCGACACAUGGUCCGCUCGGGCGCGUGCCUGUACGCGUCCAAGUGCCGCUUCAACCACGACCCGGACGUCGUCGCCGCCGCGGAGCGCGAUCUCCUCGCGAAGCGCGACGCGGCGCUGCGCGGCGAAGGGGCCCCGGGCGAGAAGCUUCCCGGACGCUUCGGUCGGCGACACGCGCAGAGAAACCGAAACAAGAGCGGCGAUUUCCGUCGAUGGCUCGCGCGAACGUUCGGGCUCGACGUCCUCUCCGACGGCGGCGGCGUCCUCGACAUCGCCGGCGGGAAAGGCGAGCUCGCGUUCGAGCUCCAGAACGUCACCGGGGUCCCGGUGACGGUGAUCGACCCGCGGCCGAUGCGCCUGGACGCCUACGUGAAGCGGUUUCGCAAGGGCGUGUACCACCGAAACGCGUCUCCCGCGAUGACUGCGAGCGUGCGCCGCGGGAAGGACGCCGCGCUGUCGUCGCCGCGUCACUUGCGCCUGUUCUUUCACGAAAACCUGUGGCGCGGCGGGGUGGACGAGGGCGAGCGAAAGCGCGCGAUCGAGGCGUCGCACGCGCUGAGUCUCAGCGCGCGGUGGUCGAGACGGGGGCUCGUGGAGGGCGUCGGCGGCGGCGAAGUCAGCUUAUUAGACGAAGACGCGACCACCGGAGAGAAAGUCAAAGUCUUCGAGGCGCGCGGUCGCGCGAGGUCCAAGACGACGACGACGGACGCGACGACGACGACGACGGCGGACGCGACGUAUCGACGCGGCGGCGCGGUCCUCCGUCAGCGCGUCGCGCUGUCGUCGACCGCCGCGACCGUCGCCGCUGCGACCGCGACGUGCCCGAUCCCGACCCCGACCCCGACUGACGACGCGCCGAUCGCGGCGGCGGACGCCCCCCUUCGCGCCGCCGACGCGGCGGCGUGCGCGCCCGACCCCGUGGCGUCGGACGCGAUCGCGGAGGUGUUACGCGAGGCGUUAAAGAACGCGUCCGUGGUCGUCGGGCUGCACCCGGAUCAAGCCACGGACGCGCUCGUCGACUUCGCGCUCGCGUCCGGGAAGCCGUUUGCCGUCGUGCCGUGUUGCACGUACGGCGCGGAUUUCCCCAAGCGACGAACGCCGAGCGGUAAGCGCAUCGCCGCGGCCUUGAACGCGCGUCGCCGCGCGUCGCCGCCGCCGCCGCCGCCGCCGCCGCGCGCCUCCGCGUCGCGCGUCAUGGCGUCGAGGAGGUCCGCGCCGGACCUCGGCGGGAACGGGACGCGCGACGCCGUUAUCCUCGCGGGCGGGCGCGACUCGAACGCGGCCCACGCCGAUUCGUGCGCGACGUACCACGCGGGAGGCGUCGACGCUGAAGCUGAACGGAGAGAGGAACCGUCGUCGUCGGUCCGAUGGCGUCCUCCGCUCGGUGGCACGAUCCCCGCCGCGCGCAUCCGUCGCGCCUCCGUCGACGCGCGCUUCGCGUUCGCUUCCGCGCGGCUUCGCGCCGCGUCCGCGGCGGCGGCCUCCGGGGUGAGCCCGCGCGCGCGCGCGGACGCGCGCGCGUCGUCGUCACGAACGUCGUCGUCGUCGCCGGCGCGGCGUCCGCGAUGA